GGUAUUUUGUAGCCCGAGUACAAUAACUGUAGUUCGAGGACGAGUACUUGGACGUCCGAGUACGAGUACUCUGAAAACGGUACUCGAGUAGUACUCGAGUACGAAUACCGAGUACGAGUACUACAACACUGGAAACUUCAUGGACAGGAUCAUCUUCAGAGCAACCGUAUCACUAGCACCGACAACCGAGGGCUCGGAGCGUGCGUUUUGAGUGUAAGCCCCAGUUUCUUUUUUCGGUCACUCGUGGAGAAGCUGUCCUGAUCGGGUUUGUGAACCUUUGCGUGUGGCACUCACAGCAGGAACAGGAAAUUUACGUUUAAAGUACCAAACAUCGGUGGAUUUGUUUAGAAAAAGAGCGGUCACUUCAUUUCUCAAAGCCCAUCGUCUACCAGCGCCUCCACGGGGUGUGCUUUGCACAACGCCAAAAGAGACGGAAACGCAGGGACGAUAUUCCUACCGGGUAGACCUCUGACUUGUACCGAGAGCUUGAGAUGGCCGUAAACUGGGGUGGCGUCGCUGGUAUCGUCGUCUUCUAUCUCUUGAUCCUUCUCGUUGGGUUAUGGGCCUCCCGCAAGAGCAGAGGCUACAAGGACCAGGAGCAGACGAUGUUAGCUGGCAGGAGCAUCGGUUUGUUUGUUGGUAUCUUCACUAUGACUGCCACCUGGGUGGGAGGAGGUUACAUCAACGGAACAGCGGAGAAGGUUUUCAAACCGACCAAGAAUUCUGGAUUGGUGUGGACGCAGGCUGUGUGGGGUUACGCGACGAGCCUUGCUCUCGGUGGUCUGUUCUUUGCCAAAACUAUGCGUUCGAAGGGCUACAUCACCAUGCUGGAUCCUUUUCAGCUCAAGUACGGCUCCCGCAUGGGAGGGCUGCUCUUCAUUCCUGCUCUGACAGGAGACGUUUUCUGGACGGCUGCCAUCUUGAAUGCUCUAGGGUCGACCGUCAGCGUGAUUCUCGAUCUUGACAUGACACUGUCUGUCAUCGUGUCUGCGUGCAUCGCUGUCUGUUACACGUUACUUGGUGGCUUGUACUCGGUGGCAUACACUGACAUUAUCCAACUCAUUUGCAUAUUUUUUGGCAUGUGGCUUUGCGUUCCCUUUGCGAUGACCAACGAGGUGGUGGAGCCGAUCGGGUCAACCGCCUCGGAAUGGCUGGGCACAAUCGAAUCUCACCAAGCUGGACUGUGGGUAGAUUCCGCCCUGAUGCUUAUAUUCGGCGGCAUACCAUGGCAGGCGUACUUCCAACGUGUGCUUUCAUGCAAGACCCCGGGAAAAGCUCAAAUCAUGUCUUUCGUCGCCGCCUUUGGCUGCAUUGUGAUGGGCGUUCCCUCGGUUCUUAUUGGUGCAGUGGGAGCGAGCACAAACUGGAAUGCAACGACCCUUGACCUUGAAAAGACUGACCCGUAUCGUCGUUCUAGCAUUAUACUCCCGUUGGUCAUCCAGUAUCUCACCCCUCCUGUCGUCUCCUUCAUCGGUCUCGGGGCCGUGUCGGCGGCCGUCAUGUCGUCGACCGAUUCCUCGGUUUUGUCCGCCAGCUCCAUGUUCACCCACAACGUCUACAAGCUGGUGUUCCGUCCUCGGGCCAGCAAACGCGAGCUAGCGUGGGUGAUGCGUGCAAGCACCGUCGGUGCUGGUGUCAUAGCAACGGUUCUCGGCCUGUCCAUCUCCUCUGUCUACAAGCUCUUUGUCUUUUGCUCCGAUUUUGUCUACGUUGUGCUGUUCCCUCAGCUCUUGUGCGUGAUAUACUUCUCCAAGUGCAACACGUACGGCUCUUUGCUAGCCUACAUCGUGGCCUUGGUCCUGCGUUUUGGCGGGGGUGAUCAUGUCCUUGGCAUACCCGCCCUCAUCAAAUAUCCCUAUUAUGACGAGGAGGAGGAAGUUCAGCUUUUCCCCUACAAGACUCUGGCGAUGUUGUCGUCACUGGUAACCAUUCUGGUGGUGUCUUAUUCCCUGGAUUACUUGUUCAAGAAGGGCACCAUCCCCAAACGGUACGAUUUCUUCCAUUGCUUCGUCAACCUUCCCCAUGCAAAGCUCAGCCAGGAAGAACACAGCAACCACGAGGCAAAUUUUGACUUGAAAAGGUGCGAGCCAGUGGUCCCGUCGAAUCUGGGAGGUGUGUGUGCUGACGAAGAAGUAACAUACAAGGAUUAAAGAUCCUUACCAUAAGCACGGGGCACAGGACUUAUUACAAAUUCUAUACUUAUCGAAAGAACAGACCUCAAACGAUAUGCAUGUGUGUCAUGUGUUCUCCCCCCCCCUGCAAACACACACCCACAUAAACUGAAUUUAGCGUGGUAAAAAAAGGCACUUUCCACGAAAGCGUGGAAUCGUUUUACCAAUGAACCCCGAAAAAUAGCACAACUGCUCAAGCUGACGAAAGUUAGCUCGUGUGCUGGAGUUUAACAUGCACACUGAAUUACAGGUUUCUAGAAGAAAAUGUCAAAUAUUUGGUUUGCAUAUAGCGUACAUGUGGUCUCUGUCAUAUCAAUAUGGCCCCAAAAUCACAAAGACCUUCGCUUCCGUUACAGAGACUCUGUCCGAUAUAGGUUUACUUUUUGCGGGAAAACUGAUCUGGUUGGACUGCGUAAUAUUAAAAUAAUUAAGUGAGUUUAUGAUGAAGGUAUCGAUAAUAAUGAAGGUAUCGAUAAUAAUGAACGUAUCGAUAAUAAUGAAGGUAUCGAUGAUGGGAUCUGUUUGGGUUUUGAAUUAUAUACGGACGUAUGGUAAAGUCAGUUUUGGCAGUCUUCCUUUGUUCCUUUUUAAUAUUAUGUAACGUGUUGGAAGGAGAUGAUAUGAUUUUUAUAUUUGCAUAACAGGUGAAGUGUAUUCUUAAAUUGGUCUAAAAUCGCUCUCAGAUAGCUAAUGUUUGCGGCUUGUUUGGAAAAGUUUUGAGAUGUUAGUGGGUGUGUGUGUUUUGUUGUAAUUUGGGAAUCGCUUAGUAUAAGGGAACUAACAAUCGAUAGUUAAUAAAAUUGGCCAAUGGUAGAUAGAUUUGACACUUU